AUGCACCUUAUUCACCACGACCAAGAACAGCAAGAAAUAUCCCGUUUCUUGCUUAAAUUCAUUCAGCACAACCCCGGUGACGAAUACGACCUAGACUAUGUGGUUCGCACCAUCCCGGACUUGGCGUAUCGUGCCGAAAUCAAGGCAUACCCACAACAGUCACCAGAAUGGGGGAUGCUUUACUUCUUCGGCAAAAACUACCCAGGGCCACCGUAUGGUCAGGACAUCGACACUUCAGGAAUGCACUACUCCAUGCCUUGCUGCAUCAUCUGGGGAAUGAAGGAGCCGUACCUUUCUGAUAAAAUACUGGACAGCUUCUACAAGUGGUUUGAUCAGUCCGUUCGGGUGGUAACGCUGCCUAACGCUGGUCAUUGGCCGUGGCGAGACGAUCCGGCGAAAGUAAAUAGGGAGCUCAGGUCGUGGCUCAGUGCGCUAGAGGAGGGUUAUCUCUGA